UUCCCCGGCGCCGAGCCUUCCUCCGCGCGAGCCCCGCCGCGGAUGCCCUGCCCGGAGUGCUCCGAGCCGCGCCAGGCUUGCCCCGGUCCGCGGCGAGACAUGCCCGAGCCAGGCGCUGCACCGACCUCGACUUCUCAGUAAGCCGCGGAAGUAUGAAGGUCUUCUGCAGAAUGAUGGCACAAUAGAUUUUGAAACACCUGGACAACAAAGGCAGUUAAAGAAUGAAUAUGAGAUAAGCGAACCAUGGUCAGUAAGGAAACCAGCAAAUGCAUACUCACAGCUUCCGAGAGCGAAGUGGAACCAGCUGCCUCUCUGGCCCUGGAAAUGAAAUACGCCCUGGAUCCCAAUCGGCAGAUUAAAAAACGCAACAAAGCCCUGCAGGUGCGGUUUAAGGAUAUCUGCGAGGCGCAGAAUGAGCAGAGGGACCUCCAGCUCUCAGGAGGACAGCUGAGCGAGAAGAGGGAGGCCAAGCCCGUCGCCUACAAAGCCGCUUACCGCAAAUACAUGACUGUGCCGGCGCGGAGGGCCAUCCCCAACGUGACCAAGAGCACGGGCGUGCAGACGUCGCCGGGUCUGAAGAAGUGCUACCAGACCUUCCCCCUGGACCGCAAAAAAGGGAACCUCAAAAGCAUCCCUGCAGCGGAUCCCUUCAAAAGUCAAAACAAUGGGUUUUUGAUCAGUGCUAAAGAGGGGAGCGAGGGAAAACAGACAGAGGACGCCGGGCCUUGUGGGGCGGCCCGGGUGCAGACGACGGCCUUGGUUUUCCACUCCAGUGAGCACGUGGACGCGGCGGACCAGCCUUUAGGGCCCAGCUGUGCAGAGCUGGGUACGAACCGGGAUUUGCUCAGCUGCCCAGAGGGUCCUUUCCAGAACUCCACUCGGCCUCCUUCCAAAGAGCCCGACUACCAGCCGCCCGGGAAAGCCAAACAGGACAGGGGGACGCCAGAGACAGAGGAGCCCGCUCGGCCGGCCCCGGGGAGGCUGUUUAAGACGGAGGUCGCCACUGAGCCUGCCUUGUCCAACUCCGCGGCGGCCAGCGAGUGGUCCCUCUGGCCAGCAGGGGCGGACGAGGAGCGGAGGAGGGCGGUGCAGGUGAACGGGCUCCAGGCCCCCCCAGGUGCCGCACCCACCUGCGCGCCCCUGCUGCGGUGCCCGUCCCCCGAAUGUGGUGAAAAGGCCCCGCAGGCCCCAGCCCCACCCGCAGAGGAAGGCCAGCUGUGUACAGCGGCUGUCGCUGUGGGUGAUGAAUGCCAGCAAAUUGUGCCUCAGACGGAAGUGGUGGACCUGAAAGCACAGCUGCAGAUGAUGGAGAACUUGAUCAGCUCAAGCCAAGAAACUAUCAAAGUGCUGUUGGGUGUCAUUCAGGAGCUGGAGAAAGGAGAGGCUCAUCGAGAAGGGCUUUCAUAUCGGACUGGGCAAGACACAGCUAAUUGUGACACGUGCAGAAACAGUGCAUGUAUUAUCUAUAGUGUGGAGCUAGAUUUUAAGCAGCAAGAAGACAAACUCCAGCCAGUUCUGAGGAAACUCCAUCCUAUUGAGGAAGCUCAGGUUGCACCUUCGCCUUAUUCUCAGGAGACUUACUCCGCAACUCCCAAGCAAAAAUCCAAAACUGAAUCUAAAAAGCAUGGAAGAUGGAAACUCUGGUUCCUUUGAAAGUCACAGUGUUUUGGAGUCUAAAGGCCGUCUUUAAAACACACUGGAGUUAAGUAAAUCCUUUUCUGAAUCGAAUAGGAUAGAGUGAGGUCUGGUACUGAUCUGGCGGACACCCAGUUCUCACCCUGCAUACCAAAAAGGCCUUUGUCCCAACAGAUAAGUAGCAGAAGCACGGUAUGAAAAAAUCUUUGCAGUUCGCUGAUGUGGGGAUGUAAACUCUGAAAUGAAACUUACAUAGUCAAACAUGACAAGGAAAAACUCUCCCAACCCACCCCAGAUCUGCAAGUAUUACAUUAGCAACCUGCAAAAGGGCAGGCUGUCACUCUGCACACAGCUAAAACUCAUAAUUAUUUUCAAGCCUUUAUUUUUUUGAAAUAAUGAGAAGAAAAAGCAAGCCUUAUGUUUGCAAAGGACUUCAUUUUUACAUUUAAUUUUGCAAAUAAGCAGGGGGUGAGUGCAAUUUUCAGCACAUCAAAUUCUGGAGAAAGCACAAUUUUUUCAAGUGGUCGGAGACCAUGAAUUCUCUCUCAAAUGUGACUAUGUGUAUAUUUGCCUUCAUGUGCUGUAGCGCUAAGCCAAGCAACCACGUCUCCGUGUCAGGUUACGCCUCAAAUUUAGCAUCCUCUUCAUCUCCAGACCUACAACAUGUUUACUGCUCAUUUCCAAAUGGCCAGCAGCCAGGAGACCCCCCCUACCCCCCCAAAGUCAGGACAUGCCUUUAAUCACUGCAAGUUGACAGGGUCAGAGCUACUGGGCAGCAAGCUUUCUUAGAUCUCAUUUUUAAUCUUUUGGUACCCAAAGGCCAAAUGACAAAUUCUGGGAAGAAUUUGAAAACACACAUAGAGUACACAAUGGAUAAUACAGUUACCAAUAAAUCACCGGCGUUCCGUGCCACCGCGGGAAGUGUUUUUGUGGAUCAAUCUUCAGAGACAUUGUUCACCACUGUUAAGUGCAACCAGUUGUUGUAUACAAUUCCUUAUAUUUUGUAACAACUGUUGAAGACCUGACUUCUCAAAGAGAAACCGUGUGUUUAGUAUAGCUGCUACAAGCGAACAAACAACGUCACCUAACAUUUAACCUAUUAGUCAGUUGUACUAAACGACUUACUUAGGGGAAAGCUGUGAAUCAAAUGUUUUUAGGUAUUUUUUAAACCAACAGUGAUGCUUAGAAUUCUCUCUUGAUUACACAUUGCAAUGUAAAUCUUAGUUCCUUUAUUUUUUCACUCAUUUCUUUGCACCUUUGCAAGUAUCUUUUUAUAGAAAUCAAAAGCCCCUAGUCUAUAAAUGAGUUUGUCUAUCAAUUUUUUUGUUUUCACAACAGGAAGUAGGGAUGCCAUUUUGUCUUUUGUUUUGUUUUGUUUUGUACAAUUUAAAUUUUGAAUAGUUUAUGAACAUGAGAAAACCUAGUCUUCAAGUUUCUGUCCAGCAAUUAGUGCUGACGAGUACACCUCAUUGAUUAGAUGCCAAAAAUAAAGUGGUUAGCCUUGGUGACAGGAUUGCUACCUGCAUUUUUCAGAAUUUUCAACUAUUUCUUGUCAUGUGUUUUCCUCCUGACAAAACAGCAAAUCCAUUUGAGUUCUAAUUAUUUUGAUUCUACAAAGAUCUAGUGAUCAAAUCAGAUAUGGACUUGAAAUAAAUUAAGACUAAGACUUGAAAACAUUCUUUGGGGGUUCCUUGAAAUAUACUGCCGAGGUAUGCUUUACUGAAAAAAAAAAAAAAACUUUGUGGUGGCAGUAUAUGAAGGCUCAAAUCCUUGAG